AUGGCAGCAUUUGACGAACCUUUAUGCGGCUGCUUAUCAGAGAUGUGCAGUUGUCUAAUUGCCUGUUUUGUUCCUUGUGGUACAUGUUGUCUUCAAGCUUGGAGUGUGAAUAAGGCAUAUCAAGAAGGAUUAUUGAAACCUUUUAUCCUCCCAUGUCUGUUGUUUUGUUUUGGAGCUGCAAUAAACCGAGGCCAGAUAAGAAAAAAAUAUCACAUUGAAGGAUCCUUUAUCACAGAUUGUUUGAUCGAGUGGAUUUGUGCACCUUGUGCUGUAACUCAAGAAUAUAGGGAAGUGAACCGAAGAGAAGGAUUUAAUUAG